AAGAAAAAUAAAUAAAUAAAUAAAGAAAAAAUGGCAACACUGGAAGCUAAAAUUACAGUGUCUGCUCCCUCUGAAGUUUUCGAAAUGGGAAAUUAUAAAGUGAAAACUUUCACAGUUGAACCUUCAAAUGCCUCAAAACCACCUACUGAACUUGUAAUAGUUUCACCUGUCCAAAAGGGAACUUAUCCAGUGUUGCUCUUUUGUCACGGCUUCAUGGUCGCCAACACGAAUUACACCAGCCUCUUCGAACACAUAGCUUCCCAUGGCUACAUCGUUGUUGCUCCUAAGUUCUAUGGCUAUUUUCCAUGCUCAAUCCCUGAGGAAGUCAAGCAAGCCUCUCAGGUCACAAACUGGCUAUCCACGGGACUCCCACUCGUGCUGCCCAAAAGUGUCGAUGGAGACAUAGAAAAACUAGCUCUCUCGGGCCAUAGCAGAGGUGGCAAAUCCGCAUUCGCCUUAGCAUUGGGAGAAAAUUUCGAUAAAAAAUCACAUAAAAACACACCAAACCCCACUUUCAAGGCCCUAAUAGGAGUCGACCCUGUGGCAGGCUCGUCCCCCUCAUUACUGCCCGACCCUAAGAUCCUCCAAUACAUCCCCCGUGCAUUUGAUAUAGUGAUCCCCAUUUCUAUAAUCGGCACUGGCUAUGGAAGCCAGCCACUCGGGUUAAUUCCACCAGCCGCCCCCAAUGGUUGCAAUCAUGCAGAGUUUUUCAAUGAGAGCAAGCCACCUGUCGCUUAUUUUCUAGCCAAGAAUUACGGCCAUUGUGACAUGCUCAACGACAACUUAGGUUUUCUUGCGUCGAUUUUAAGAAGCAUGGUCAAGAGUGGGACAGGCUCUAGGGAUAGUAUGAGGAGAAGUGUUGCGGGAGUUAUGGUUGCAUUUCUUAAAGCUUAUUUGGGGGAUGGUGAGGCUGAUGUUCUGGAUGUCAUUGUGGGUGAUCCUAGUAUUGCUCCUAUACUUCUCGAUCCAGUUAUUUAUGUCAAGGAGUGAAGAAAGAGAAUGUCAUACUUCAAUGAUAAUAAAAUUUCUGCAGCUUAUGAUGGUAUAUUUAGAAUGUUGUUACCAUAUCAUAAUAAAACAAGUCUGCUAUGUGAUGUGCCUUUGAUAUUAAUCGUAAGAAUGCCAUGAUUUCUUUCACAAAUUUACAACGAACAACAAUGUGCUUUGUAGUUAGAAGAUGUGGUGUAUAAAUAGAACUUGUGAAAAACGAGAAGCACAUCACAAAUGAGAACAAUCUGCACAAUACAAUUUAUGAUCACGAGAAAAUGUAUGCAUGAUUCAUCAUAAACGAAACAGGGAAUCACAAAACAAAAACUCUUUACUCUAUAGUGGAA